GAAUUGUCCUCUCCACAUAUCUUUGCGGUUAUGUCUGUGAUAUUUUAGGACGCCGAACGGUCCUAAUGUGGGCCAUGUUCAUAACAAACGUACUCCAAUUAAUAUCGAUGUUUGUCUCCAACAUAUGGGUAUUUAAUUUUGUAAAUUUCCUUAUGGGCAUCAGUUUGGGUGGUGUGUCCUCUGGGCUGUAUCCCUACUUGGGUGAAUUUACCAGUAACAAAUAUCGAGCAGUGGCCAUAAAUUAUUCCACAAUGUUUGUAAGCGUAACGGCCAUUUAUGUGCCCGCAAUUUCAUGGUGGGUAUUGUCUGCCGACUGGUCAUGGGAAAUAUCCUCCAGUCUGACAUUUCGCCCAUGGCGUUUAAUUAUAUUGUUAAGUAUGUUGCCGGGAUUUAUUGCUGCUCUAAUGUUGGUGGUAUUUCCGGAAAGUCCUUUGUUUUUAAUGGCCCAGGGUAGGCAUGUUGAAGCGGUAAAGGCAUUGAAUUAUGUCUCGAAAUUAAAUACAGGUUUAGAUUUGGAAAUGGUAUUGAAGACUCCAAAUGUUGUACUGAAACCUGAGGAAAUCUCAGAUGCGGCUUUGGUCUCAGGCACAGGAGGUUGUAGUUUUAUAUCGAAUAUUUGGAAGGCCACUCUGCCGUUGUUCCAUAAACCCCAUGGUAUCAAUGUUAUCCUGGCGGUUUGUGCUAUGUUUGGUAUGUUAUUCUCAUCGAAUGGUAUGCAAAUUUGGUUUCCGGAAAUUGUAAAUAGGUCGGCGGGUGGGGCACAGAAUGUCAGCUCUACAAUAUGUGCGAAGUUGGAGGACUCAUAUGCCAGGGAUCAUAUGGCCGCCAUGGAUGCCACAAAUAUUGGGGAGACGGCCUGUGAUGACACCAUAGCCACGAAAACCUAUGUGGACAACAUUGUUGUGGGUUUGGCCUUCUUUGUGGGCUUUUCGAUACAGGGUGCCCUACUCAAUCCUCUGGGUAGAAAAAAUGUACUCCUCGCGGCAUUGGCUGUGGGUGCCGUCUGUGGUCUUCUUCUACAUGUGGUAACAAAUACCACCGGAUUGCUGGUGCUGUUUUGUUUAUAUAUUCUACUGCCGGGUCUUUCGAUGUCGAUCAUGUGUGGCGCCCUGGUGGAUUUGGUGCCAACGCAUUUGAAGGGCAAAACUGUAAGUCUUGGCCUAACAAUGGGUCGUGUGGGCAUUAUUGUGGCCUCGAAUUUAAUCGCAGCCAUGCUGGAGCCAUAUUGCAAUGGUAUAUUUGCCAUUAUAACGCUGGUGAUCAUAGCAUGUGGAGGUUUGGUCUUUACAUUGCCCAUUUAA